GCGAAAAACUGUGCAGCACACGGAACCAUGCAAACGGCGAGCACCCCAGCUCCUUACCCUCCAACACAUCCUCCAAUACAAAAUGGAUACCAACCUCUCACAGAAUCUGAAAUCUAUGCCAUCAAACGACAGUACUUGGGACUACUUCCUCCAUUACAGAUAAUAGAUAUCUGUCUCACAUUUGAGGCUCACGCACCUUUACAUGUAAAAAGUACUGUCUGGCCUUAUGAUAUUCGAGCUGCAAUUGCAGCGAUUCAGGCCCAAAAUGCUCAGAACUCCCAGCCUCAACUAGCCCAACAGUCGAGCCACCCAGUGGAAGCUGGUGAUCAAUCUAAAUCAUCAUCACCGCCAAAGGAUUCGCCUUCCGGCACAGGAGAUAUCACUGCUUCAUCAUCUUCUGAGCAGGUGCAGAACGCAGCACCAGGUCCCUCUGUAACGCACGGCCCGGCCUCUGGUGGUAGUACAACACCUCACCCGUCUGCAGCAGCUCACCCACCACCUCCACCGCAACAAUCCCUUCCGCACUAUCCACAUCAACCAUAUUAUCAUCCUUCAUAUCCACAUGCUCCGUACUAUCCCGCACCACCCCAAGCACACUACACUUUCCCCCAUCCAUUUCCCCCUUACCCUCCCCCACCUCCGGCACAAUACCAGCCGAAUCCGCCUCCACCGCCUCCGCCAAGUCACCCACCACCACCGCCGUUAUUCACGACUGCACCGUUAGCACAUCCCUCUCAUCCUCCCGAACCGCCCCCACCACCAAAUGCUGUUGAUGACCUCCCUAGUUAUGAAGAAAUGAUUGUGGAGGCGCUGAUCGAUUUUGGUGACCCAGAGGGUUGUGCACCAAAGGCUCUAUUUAGUUGGAUGGCGUCACAUUACCCAUUACAGUCGAAUUUUAGGCCUUCAGCUAGCCAGGCCCUCCAAAAAGCGUUCAAACGUGGACGCCUAGAAAAGGGGAAUAAUGGGAAAUACAGAUUGAAUAGCAACUGGGAAGGUGGGAAUACUUCCAAAAGAACUACUCGUCGUCCGCAGACUCAUGCUCAAACCACUUUGCCUGUCCAUCAGGGACACGCAUCAUCAUCACCUUUCACUCAUAUUCCCCUUGUCCAUGACGCAGAUGCAGGUGCAUCAUCGUCCCAGCCACGUGCCUCCGCACAAGGUGGACAAUCUGGACAUCCUUAUGGUUUUGGUUAUCAAGGACCGUCCAUGUCUACGGCCCCUCAGGCUGGUUCCUCGGAAACACAAACUGCCGAAGGCCAAGUUCGAGAAGGCACCGAUGCUUGGGAAGCGGCCCAGAAUAUUCUCAAAGCCAUAAAUUUUGGACAAUUAUUUCAAAUUUCGAACGAGGACGGACCAGCAACACAUGCGGGUACUGCGACGGUGGCCCAAGCACCACCUCCGGUCUUUGCUGGUUCGGUCGAGGUAUCGUCGACAUUCGAUAGCCAAGCAAUUUCGACGAUUGCGGCCGCGUCUCUGCCAUCUCGGAAUACUGGGCCUCGCACUGAGUUGAGCAGCGACGAGAGGGCGGCGCUGCAGGCUGAGCUUGCCCUCUUAGCCGCUCAGCUGGCGGAGUUUGCAGAUGUGGGCGAGGACGAGCUAGCCCAAGACCUCAACCCUCCCAAAAACCUCGAAGAGGGUUAUGUUUCUACCGCGACUACAAGAUCACAAGAUUCUCCUGAUUCCGUUCACCCUCCCCCGGACCAGAUUGACAGUGAUGACGAAGAUGAAGAUAUGGACAUGGUUGAAAUACACGUACCGAUGGCUUCGCUAACAGCUAGUAUUGAAUGACCCAACGAUUUCCCUUCAGCUCUGUCUAGCGCUAGUAUUUCCCGAGGAUCCUUUCCUCUGAGACUCUUCGAAACGACGUCCUCCAGUCAGGUUUCUCCUGAUAAUGCCAGGCGCUAAUCAUUGCCGGAAAACUCCACCAUACGGAGCCUGCACGGUGAGAACUUUCCCCGUUUGCUCCAUAAUGAAAUCCUUGGCUGAUGAUUCAUUGUAUGUCCCAGAGAAAGUCGUUGCUGUUUCGUUUGUCGGCUUUUCGAUUUGUUCCUGGAAACUUGAAUUGAUUGAUACUUAUGUGAAGCAUCCGGCCGAACAUCCGCAUCAUUUAACCUGAUA